AUGGCUGAAAACGCAGAUAUUGCUACUCUAGAAGAAAGUUUUAAGAAGUUUGCAAUCUAUGGAGAUACAAAAGCUACAGGUCAAGAAAUGACUGGGAAAAACUGGGCCAAACUUUGUAAAGAGUGCAAAGUUAUUGAUGGAAAAACUGUGACUGGCACUGAUGUUGACAUUGUGUUCUCUAAAGUUAAACAAAAGACGGCCAGAGUCAUUACCUAUGAAGAAUUUAAGAAAGCACUUGAAGAGCUCUCAUCAAAGAGAUUUAAAGGAAAAAGUAAAGAGGAAGCCUAUGAGUCAAUCUGUAAACUUGUGUCCGGGAGAGAACCUGCUAGCAUGGGAGUUACGAAAGCUGCAGCAACUGGAGCUGUGGAACGUCUUACAGACACAUCCAAAUACACAGGAUCCCACAAGGAACGCUUCGAUGAGAGUGGAAAGGGAAAGGGUAAAGGUGGUCGAGAGAACCUUGUGGAAAACACUGGUUAUGUAGGUGCAUACAAACAUGCUGGCACUUAUGAUGCCAAGGUAAAGAAAUAG